UUCUCUAGACUUUCGGCUCACAAACUUUUCCCAUUCACCCAAAAACCAAACCUUUCAUUUCUCAAAGAGAUGGCUAUGUCCAGCCUUCUCUCUCCCAUAACCCCUCUGCCCUUCUCUCACUGCAAACCCCUCCUUCACUCACCCUUCUUCUUCUCUCUCAAGCAACAAUCUUUCCUCACUCUCACCAAUAUUUCAACCAAACCCACCAAGAAAAUCAAACCCAGAAGACCAGUGACCACCCAAUCCAAGGGUAGCGACGAGUCAGUGGAUGUCCCUGACCGGUUGAUCUCAGCCGUCUGUUACUUCUACCCCUUCUUUGAUGGCAUACAAUAUGGCAAGAACUCCAAUUUUAGUAGGUAUGUGAGGUUCAAUACUAUGCAAGUUAUUGUGCUUGAUGUGCUGCUGAUUUUCCCUGAUCUUGUGGAGAGAAGCUUCAACCCAAAAGAUGGGUUGGGAUUGGAUGCGCUGAUGAGCUUGGAUAGCACUGUGUUUCUCUUCCUCUUGGUGUGUUUGAUUUAUGGGUCUGCUUCUUGUUUUUUGGGUCAGGUGCCCAGAUUGCCCAUUGUAGCUGAAGCUGCUGAGAGGCAAGUUCCUUGAGCUGUUUUUUGUAGCCUAUUGUUGUUUUUGUUAUGCUGGGAAAUGGCAACAGAUAAUUACAUUUUGAGUCACAAUUUAUGUUUAUGCUUUUAGCCAAAAGAGAAAGAAGCUCAUAUAGUAGUAGAAUGUUGUUGUUGUUGUAAGGGACAUUCUCCGCUAAGUAUUUAAAUUAAGCAUUCGUUUCAUACUUCUAA